UUGAUCCGCAGCACAUCACUGCCCUUCAAAAGCUCGAAUCCAUACCGAGCAACAGAAACUAAGCAAAUGGACAGAUACACCCACCCCCAAGACAUCCCCAUCGAUCCUAGGCUGUUCGAGCCCAUUGAGAACACUCCGAGCGACCCCAAUCCACCGAUCAACACGGGCGCUAAUGAUGCUGCAUCUCAAUCUAUGACCCUUCCCCCACUCCACCUCGAUAAACACCCCACCAUCCCCAAUCUCUACAAGACCUUCGUGGAAGGUUUCCAGCAAGGGAAACCCAACGAGGUGCAACUGGAGCACGCCAAACAACUGGCCUCUGCUCUUCUUGAACAUUAUUAUCCGAAGUCGCAGGGCUUCUCUGUCGACCCGGUCUCCUCCAUCGACAUCGCGCGCAAUGGUUGGAACUUCUGGCUUGCCCCAGCAGACUAUCAGCCGUUUCCGCAACACGGAACCAACUCUGGUGGUCCGCUCGACCCAAGCAAACCGUUCAUGCCCGACGCAGAAGGAAACGAGCCAGCGGCGCCCAACUACACAGAUGUAUACGUAGAUGAUCAACACCUCAUCGAGCCUGAACUCAUUACUUUCUUCCGCGUCUCUAGCGAACAAGAGUUCUAUGAGGAUGGCGAUGAUAACAACAACAGCAGCAAGGGCCCAGGCGAACCAGUUUCGGACCCCUCUACUUCGUCUUCUGCUACUAAUCAGCAACAACAGCCACUUACCCGCCGCACUAUCAAGAAACAAAUCUCGCACACUUACUUCGCCAUUCUCAUGGACGACCUCUCAACCUUCGACCGCUGGGUCCCAGAUCACAUGCAGCGCCACGAUAAACUCGUAUCUAACCCCCGUCAGGAUAUCCUACGCUACGCGCUCGGCGUCCUAGCUGGUAUCAGCAAGGGCUAUGGUUUCCUUCUCCUUGGUCCCCGUCUGGAAGUCUACAACUACGACUGGCAGGGUCAACGCCGUAAUGAGGAUGACCCUAACUCGGCUGCCGUUGCUGGAAGCAGCAAGAACAAAAAGGGCAAGAAAAGCAAGAAGAGCAAGUCCGAGCCCAAAACGAAUUGCACUAGGUUCGUCAAGGGUGCUGAUCCGGAGCCAAUGUCGCAGCUGGAUGGCCCAAAGUGGUUUGUGGAUGUCCGGGAGGAGGGUCUGGAUGGCGUGCAGACACUGAUGGGCGACGUCGUGGAGCGUGAUGUCGAGUAUCAAGACAACUUUGUUUGCGAUGGCUCUAGGUUGGAUUGGGGCGAUGAGGAGGGUGUGGCGGAGGCUUGAGGCCGGUGUGGUCGAUGAUGGAGUACCAAGAUACAACAUGAUUUUGGGCUAUGAGGUCCGGUUCUUGGGAUUGCAUUGCAAGAUUCAUGCCAUUUGUAUUCGUUGCUUCUUGCAUUGAUUAGCAU